UCGAUUUAAAUUUUGAUCAGUGAAGAAGACCAAAGAAUAUUGUUAAACCCUAAACGCUAGCUCUCUGUUUUGAUUGAAUCAGAGGCCAAAGUAUGGAGCAUCUUCUUCGUCUUCUUGUUCGACCAAAGGCAAGUCACAUUCUCAGAAGUAGCUUCCUUUAUCACUCCUCCAGGAGAAGCGUACCCUCGCCGUUGGACCCAUACGACACUCUGCAGCGUCGGGUCGCGAGGGCGGGAGAUCCCUCGGCUUCGAUUGUAAGAGUGUUGGAGGGAUGGCUCGAGCAGGGCAAUCUGGUCAAGACUUCGGAGCUCCACUCCAUCAUCAAGAUGCUCCGCAAAUUCAGCCGUUUCUCCCAUGCCCUCCAGCUAUCGGAUUGGAUGAGUGAGCAUAGAGUUCAUGAUCUCUCUGAGGGAGAUGUGGCGAUUCGCCUUGAUCUGAUUGCCAAAGUUGGUGGCCUGGGAGAAGCAGACAGGUUUUUCGAGAAAAUCCCUGUCGAGAGGAGGAGCUACCAUCUCUACGGUGCUCUCUUGAACUGCUACGCGAGCAAGAAGGUGCUGCACAAAGCCGAGCAAGUGUUUCAGGAGAUGAAAGAGCUCGGGUUCCUCAGAGGCUGCCUCCCAUACAACGUGAUGCUCAAUCUCUACAUCAGGAGUGGGAAAUACACAAUGGUUGAGAAGCUUCUGCGUGAGAUGGAGGAUGGGAAUGUCAAGCCCGACAUCUUCACACUGAACACGCGCCUGCAUGCUUAUUCCGUUGUAUCUGAUGUAGAGGGAAUGGAGAAGUUUCUGAUGAGCUGUGAGGCUGACCCUGGACUUGAGCUGGACUGGCGCACUUACGCCGAUGCUGCAAACGCCUACAUCAAAGCUGGAUCCACUGAAAAGGCGCUAGAGACGCUGCGUAAAUCGGAGCAGUUGGUUAGUCCUCAGAAAAGAAAGCAAGCCUACGAGGUUCUCAUGUCAUUCUACGGCGCUGCAGGUAAGAAAGAAGAGGUGUACCGUCUCUGGAGCUUGUACAAGGAGCUGGACGGGUUCUACAACACCGGAUACAUAAGCGUGAUCAGUGCGCUCUUUAAGGUGGAUGAUAUCGAGGGUGUUGAGAAGAUUAUGGGAGAGUGGGAAGCUGGACACUCGCUGUUCGAUACCAGGAUCCCGCACUUGUUAAUAACUGGUUAUUGUAAGAAGGGGAUGAUGGAGAAGGCGGAGGAAGUAGCAGAGAUGGUGGUCCAGGAGACCAGCACAUGGGAACGGUUAGCUCUGGGUUACAAGAUGGCGGGUGAGAUGGAGAAAGCGGUGGAAAGAUGGAAGAAGGCGAUAGAGGUGAGCCAGCCAGGGUGGAGACCGCACCAGGUUGUGCUGAUGAGCUGUGUGGAUUAUCUAGAGGGUCAAAGAGACAUGGAGAGUUUGAGAAAGAUUCUGAGACUGCUAAGCGAGCGAGGACACAUUUCUUACGAUCAACUACUGUACGAUAUGAACGGAGCUGGACUGGGUUGGAAAAUAGUCGAUGCAAUGGGAAGAAGUCGGUACACUGAGGAAGCACAAAGUAAGAGAAUGUAGCCAAACAAUAGAGUCUUGAGAGACCAUUUGGAUAAAUCAAAUCCAGUUUCAUUUCAUACAUUAUAAACUUUUAAGGCCUAAUAGAUUAAUGAUGUUAAUUAUAAAUACAAAUAUUUGUUAGU